AAUUUUGUUGGAAAAAUACUCAACACAGCAACCAGAUUCUAGCACAUUGCUUUACGGUAUUUUUUUACGACAAUUCUCAUCAGGCGCCGGAAUUGUUUAUUCAUCUGCUGUGUUCGCACUUAAUUAAAAAAAUUACUGAGCGUUUUAUCAAAGACAUUACGUUUACGCUGAUAUGUUUUUAUCUCAGUUAACUUAUAGGUUUUAUGUUGUUUAACAAGCUGUUAUUUUGAUGUAAUGUCCGGGGUGUAACUUACAGUGAUCAUGCGCCGCUAGAUCACAGUGAUGAACGUUUUGUUUAGAUCACUAGGAGUGAUUGGCAGUCGAUUUUAUAGACAAAUAUCUGUAAACAUGAUAAGGCGCACUCAGAUUAAGAAAGUGCUUUGUGUUGCUGAGAAAAACGAUGCAGCCAAGGGCAUAGCAGAGAUCAUGUCAAAUGGGAGGUCGAGAAGAAGAGAAGGUUACUCUGUUUACAACAAAAUAUAUGAGUAUGAAUACAACCUGUUUGGUCAAAAUGUAGCUGUAUGCAUGACAUCUGUAUCGGGACAUCUCUUGAGUCUUGAAUUCAAAGCUCCUUUUCAGAAAUGGCAUAGUUGUAAUCCAGUCCUGUUGUUUGAUGCUGAGGUGGAGAAGUACUGCCCUGAGAACUUUAUACCGAUCAAAAGGACUUUGGAGAGAGAGGUGAGACAGUGUCAAGCUCUGGUCAUUUGGACUGAUUGUGACAGAGAAGGAGAAAAUAUCGGCUUUGAGAUCAUUGAUGUUUGCAAAGCAGUGAAGCCAAACGUUCAGGUCUUCCGUGCACGGUUCUCUGAGAUCACCUCAAACUCCAUAAGGAGAGCCUGUGAGACCCUUACUGAGCCGGAUAUCAACAUCAGUGAUGCGGUGGAUGUGAGACAGGAGCUGGAUCUCCGCAUCGGCGCAUCAUUUACCAGGUUCCAGACAUUACGCUUGCAGAAGAUAUUCCCAGAAUCUCUCUCUGAUCAGCUCAUCAGUUAUGGCAGUUGUCAGUUCCCGACCCUUGGCUUUGUGGUAGAACGGUUUAAAGCCAUUCAAGCCUUCGUCCCUGAAACUUUCUUUAAAAUCAAAGUUGUCCAUGAGCCUAAUGAAGAGGAAUCGGUUGAAUUCAGCUGGAAAAGACAUCGUCUUUUCAAUCACACAGCAUGCCUUGUGUUGUAUCAGAUGUGCGUGGAGGAUCCCAUGGCAAAAGUUAUAUCUGUAACUAGUAAACCAAAAAACAAAUGGCGACCUUUACCCCUUGACACUGUGGAACUUGAAAAACUGGCUUCAAGAAAACUGAGGAUAAGUGGAAAAUAUGAGAGCCUGAAGCUGAGAACUGUGAGACAGGAUGUUCAGACUCUUAAUGGCGCUACGGUGUCCUUCACCCUCAUUCCUAAAGCGCAUCCAACUAAGUCCUAUGUCAUCAGUCAAGCUUUCACUGCUGACGAGUUAUCCUUGUCCGAACAUUCUUACCCUGUGAAAUCUCUCCAGCGACGCUACCCUCUUCUCCGUCAGCUUCCUCAAACAAUUUAUCUACUAGGUACCAACUUCAUUGGAGGCAAUAAAGAGCUACUGGAAUCCUAUAAAUCCUUAACCCCUGACCUUCAAGCAGCUCUGGCCAAGCAGAAGAUUUUCUUCCAAUUUAAUCCUCCACACGCGCCCCACUUUGGUGGAACCUGGGAGCGCGAAAUACGCUCCAUCAAAAUUGCCCUGGAGACCACCCUUGGUGCUCAAACUUGUAUUAACAAAAUAAAGAGGGUAAUUUUAAAUACUGCUUUUGGUUUUAUUCAUAUAAUCUUUGACAGGCUGAAGUUUAAAUUCAAGAGGGGAAGUUUGCCACUUAUGAUGCCCCUUGAAUUUGUUGGAUGCAUCGGAGGAUGUGAUGAGACUCUCAGAGAGGUCUUAAACUUGAAAUAUAUCCGAAGAGGAGAAGCAGAAUCUGGCUCUCGGGCACAUACCAGCUCUGGAUCAAAUCAGCAUCAUGUACCUAGAACCAGCUCAGCACCUCCAUCCAGGGUGGAGAAUGUUAGACCUCCAGCACCCAGAGCCAACGGCAGCCGCCCCCCAGCCAGUCUGCCACCUCCACGGGCAGCACAACCACCAGCUUCAGCCCAGGGCGGUGCCAUUGUGUGUAACUGUGGUCAGGAUGCCAUUCUUCUCACUGUUCGCAAAGAGGGUCCCAAUCAAGGCCGUCAGUUCUACAAGUGCAACACAGGAGACUGUAAGUUCUUCCUGUGGGCUGAUCAGCCGGCUGAGCAGGCACCGCCUGGAGAGAGCAGAGGACCCCUGGGUCAGAAUUCUCAACCUCCCAGGCCCUCAAUUAGCUUUGGGAAUGUACCUCAGCAGAGGCAAAACAACAGAGGAUCUGGAGGUGAUGAUGGUGAAACUAUGUGUAACUGUAAUGAGCCUGCAGUGACUAGGACCGUCAUGAAAGAUGGACCAAACAAGAGCCGAAUGUUCCACACCUGCGGGAAACCACGUGAUCAGCAGUGUGGGUUCUUCCAGUGGGCGAACGAAAAUGUGGCUCCAGCCACAGAUUUCUCUGGAGGAAAUGGUGCCAGACAUCCUGGGAACAAAAAGGCCAGCACUACCUCAAACAAGCCUCCCACUGCCAAAAGGCAGAGAACCUGUGGAAUAUGUCAUGAGCCGGGUCACACACGGGUCACCUGUCCACAGGGCACAUGAAAAUAAAUGGUUCAUGCGAUUUUUGUAAAAUGAAAAACAUGUAAAUUAAAUCAA